AUGCAUAAACUUUGUGAAAUAUAUCAUGUUUUUAAUAAAUAAAUCCUAAAAUUAAAAGUUAAAAAAAUGUAUGAAUAAAACAAUGAGGUAUAAUAUUAGCAUAAGCUAUUAAAUUUUAUUUUUAAAACAUUUAUUAACAUUUUUUGUUUUGUACAUUUUUAUUUAUUUACAAAUUAUUAUUUUUAUCUGAUAAUAUCUUUUAUAUUCAAAAUAAAUUUGAUUAAUUAAUUUAAUUUUUAUUUUUAUUUAUUAUUAUUUAAAUUUUCUUUUUUUUAUUAUUUAUCUAAUUUUAUUUUAUUUUAUUUUUAUUUGAUUUUUUUAUUUCAUAUAAUUUUAAAUUAUUUUUAUUAUUUUAAAUUAUUCUAUUUUCUAAUCAUCUAUGUAUAUCUAAAAAUAUUUCUAUAAAAUUAUGAGUAUCAGAAUUAUCUCCAUUAAUAUUUUUUAUCAUCGAGCUUAAAUUAUAUGAUUUUUUUAUUGUAAUUUUUUUAUGAUUGA